GACUUUCUAGGUGUAUUCUCUCCUUUAUUACAUAAGUGGCAUCAAUCUCUCACCCUGUCUCUCUUUUCCCUUUCUUUCUCUCUUUUAUCUCCCUCCCUAAACAGUAACUCAACAAUCAAGACGAUCAGAUCCAUAGGAAGUUUAUCUGUCUAUCACCCAAAACUCUACUGAUCAGUCAAUCCCAUCAAUCAAAUCAAAUCACCCAAAUCCAAAGAAUCAGAAAAAAGAAAGAAUCUAACAAAAAGAGAAAUAUCAUCCAUCAUGUCCGCCUCAUCCACUUCCUUUUCACCGGACCAGCUGCAGCAGCAGCAGCACCACCUCUCUCCCUCCGACCAGCUCUGCUAUGUCCAUUGCAACUUCUGUGACACUGUCCUCGCGGUGAGUGUUCCUUGCACCAGUUUGUUCAAGACUGUCACUGUGAGAUGCGGCCAUUGCUCCAACCUUCUCUCUGUGAACAUGCGUGGGCCGCUUCUUCCUGCUGCAAAUCAACUUCACCUUGCUCACUCCUUCUUCACUCCUCAAAAUAUUCUGGAGGAGAUUAGAAAUGGACCUUCAACAAACAUGAUGAUGAAUCAGCUGCCAAACCAAAAUGACUUGGUCAUGAGCACCAUGCGAGGAGGGCAUGAAGAAAUCCCUAAGCCUCCACCAGCUAACAGACCUCCAGAGAAGAGACAGAGAGUUCCAUCUGCUUACAACCGCUUCAUCAAGGAUGAGAUCCAACGUAUCAAAGCUGGGAAUCCUGAUAUCAGCCACAGAGAGGCUUUUAGUGCUGCUGCAAAGAAUUGGGCCCAUUUUCCACACAUUCAUUUCGGACUUAUGCCUGACCAUCAACCCGUGAAGAAAGCUAAUGUCCGUCAGGACGCAGAGGACGUGCUUUUGAAAGAUGGGUUUUUCGCACCGGCAAAUGUAGGUGUCUCUCCCUACUAGACGUGUUUGUUUCUAGGGCUUUGAGUUUUACUUAAUCACUCUCUUUCUCAUAUAAGUGUUUUGUACUAAGACUUUGUCUUAUGCAUAUCAAUGUUGUGCACUUGUGUUUGUACUUGUUAGUGUUAAAAGUUGUUGGUCUAUGUUAUAAUGAAUGGUUGGAUGGUGUUCUGCCAAACUUAACUAGAUCAGUUCGUCUGAAAACAUUGAAGUCAAGAUGGCAUGUUUUAUGUUGAA